AUGCCAUUAAACGAAAUUCAAGAAAAGGAAUUACGCAAAGCGUUCAUGCUUGCGGAUACAGACGGUAACAACUCGUUGGAUGUCAAUGAAGUUAAACAUUUGCUAGCUCAACUCAAACAUCAUUCCACAAACAUUUUCAUUCAACCCCCUUCGGAUCAAGAAGUAUUUCAAUUAAUGAAAUUACUUGAUGAGAAUGGAGAUGGUCAAGUGGAAUGGGAAGAAUUUAAACAUGCCAUGGAGAAGUGGAUGGACGAAGAUAAAUCCUCAACCUCUCGGGGUUCCAGCAGUGGAAGAGCAGUUAUGAAUGACAAUUCAGAGUUGAAAAAGAGAAAACAACGCGACUAUUCUGUUGAGAGAGAACAAGUACACGACAAGGUCCAAAAAUUUUUCUUGCAAUUCCGAGUGAGAGAUCCAGCUAUGAACUCGCCAUCAUCUCCACAAAUGACAUCCUCUCUAUCGAAACGAAAAGGUAUUCAUGAUCAUCAUUACAGAGACUCACUAUUUUCUGUAGGAAUGAGUGGUGUUGUAUCACAAGACGAACACUUAUUGAAAGCUCAAUCAAUUUCUCUCAACAAUCUCAAAUCUCAAUUGUUGGAGUUUCCAAAACUUCCUUUUAUCAUUGAUUUACAUUCUAAAAACAUUCAACAUAGUAAUGUUCUUGCUGAAGUUGCCAUGUCUAAACAACAAUUGGACAUUGUAUACAAUCAAAUUAAGAAUGUACUUGCUCAAUGCAUUGUGUUUUGUGAUUUGUUUGUGAUUCACUACUCAACUCCAUACGAUAGAAUUGAAAUCAGUGACAUGAUACUCGAUACUUAUCAACAUAUUUUUGAUGAAUGUUUUAGCGUUUUUAACUUAUUGUUAGAUAUGUCUAUUUACUACAAACUUUAUGAUAUCCAACAUCAGGUGCUCUAUAUUUUUAAUUGCAUUUGUAAUGGACCAAGAAUUGCAAAUCUAGAUCAAAAUCACAAAUACCAUUUGCAAAACAUGUACUUCAAAAAGUUGAUUGCAGAGUAUGACAUUCUCAACAAAGUAUAUCAACAAAUUUUGAAGCAACCCAUGACUCCCAUGGAGAUUUCGAAGCAAUCCAUUUCUCUUAUUGCUCGAUUUGCUAGUUUCAACAAGGAAUGCAGAGAUAAGAUUUAUGAAAUCAAUGGUCUUCUGCCUGACUUGCUCAAGACAUUAGGAGGUGUUCUUUCCAAAUACAAAAUCGGGUUACUGAAAAUCAUAACAUUUGCAUUAGCAAUCUUAAUGGGAGAUUUGACACAUACUCAAUCUAGUACGGUGAAACCAACUACCGAGUCUACAUUUAUAGCUCUUAACUUACUUUCACAACUACUUUUCCAUUGGCGUGUUCAAUUUGAAGAUCAGGAUACAUUAGUUUACAUUCUACAUGCUCUUAUUGGAAUUUUGAAUGGUGUUCGACAAGACGACUUGUUCAAGAAAUUUGUCGAUCUUCUCAACGACAAAAACCAAUACGUGGUUGAGAGUGUCCUUUCAAUUGUGAUUUCCAAGCUAAUUCAAGACAAAUUUAAUGUAUACAUCUUGGUUGAAAAGUGUCAACUCCUUGAGACGUUUAAAAAAGUUUUUACCACCACAAGCAGCAACAUGGUGAGAUAUUAUAUCAUGCUCUGCGUUACUGAUACUGUAAAGACUUAUCCAUUUAGUAUUAUGAAAUUGGAUCGUUUGAAUUUAAUCAGUGAUCUUAUCGCGGAAUUAGAAAAAGAUACUGAAUUUAAUGACAAGAUUAUUAGAUGUUUGAGACAUAUUUGCAAACACAUGCCAAUGUCCAUGCUUUUGAAGUAUUUAGACGGAUACAAUUUUAUUCAUUCACUCAUUAGAUACUGUCUCAAUCACUAUUAUACUCCAAAGGAUGACGUGUUGGAAAAGUUUUACAAUAAUAGCAAAGCUUCAAGUUCCAUAGGUGGCUCCACUUCCAAUAGUUUAAACUCAUAUAACUUUGAGCUUAUUUAUCACACAGUUCAUUGUUUACUUUCCAUUAUUCACAAUCAUAAUGGAGAAUUAUUAGCCAAUAUUGAAAAUGGCAGCUCUCUCUAUACACCAGUUAACGCUAACCAAAUCGCAAUCUAUCAAACGAACUGUUUAUCUAAAUUCACUUUUGAAGACAUUGCUGAUAUUGGAACCCUUUUGAAAGGAAUUGUACAGUCUCCACUUCGCGAGUCAAUUAAUAAUUGGAAGUAUUCUGACCAACAACAACGCUCUUUGGAAGAAUAUGUGAGAGUUUUGCUUGUGUACAUCAAGACUAUUUGUGACAAGAUUAAUGGUAACGUAUUUUUGAGAGAAAUGUCACAAAAGGUUCAACUGCUCAUUGAGCAAAUAUUACAGCAAUCUUAUGCUCAAAUUGAAUUACAAACAAACCCCAUACUUGAAGCAUACAAGACAUUGUAUUCCAAACAAAAAGAUAGGGUACUACAGCUUACACGUGUGUUAAACUCCAUGAUUACCCAUGACCAAUCCAAAGUUACUGACGAUUUGUAUUACAAAACUCUCACAAUUUCAUCUAAAUCACUUGUUGACUUAGAAAAUGAGGAAAAGGAAUUGAAAUAUAGAACUUUCCAACAAUUAUUGGCAACCUGUAACAACCUUAAUACUCAAAUAUCAGAUGACACGUUGGAAAAACUAUUAGAAUAUUUCACCAGUAUUUGUGACAAAAACACAGGAUUGCUCUCAAAAGAUCAAUUCAUUGAAGGAAUGAUGAACAUUUUAAAUAUUAGAGAUCGAUUACUGAUUGAAAACAAUUAUCAGUUAUUUGAUAUUGACAACUCGGGAAAGAUUGAUUUCAGAGAAUUUGUCGUAGGAAUUGUUGUUGUGAAUAAUGAAAUUGCAAAGAAUGCAGCUGCAACACUCACAGAUAGAGAGAAAGUUGUUUUGUAUCAAUUAUUUUCUGUUUAUGAUUUAAAUAAGGAUAAUAUGAUUACCUUUGAUGAAUUGCUGCAAAUGAGACGAUCUGGACAGAUGGAAGGUAUGAACAAAGCAAUCCUCACCGAAGAAGAAUUAAUUCAAGACACAAAGGCUGUUUUUGAAAAGAUCGAUGCUGACCAUAAUGGCAUUAUUGAUUUUAAUGAGUUUGUUCAUGCCGUAAAGAGUGGAAUUUUGAAUUUGUAA